CCUUGCAUUGUUCGCCGCACCUGGAGUCUUGCCUGGUCCGUGUGAGGUCCGUGGGACAAUUGGAAGGUCUUGCAUGCUUCGAUGGACUUUGCACGUCUCGUGGCCUUUAUAAGGUUCGGUGGGGUGCACUCACGACACGCUUCCGCCUUUCACCGCGCCUCUUUCGCGCCGCUGCUCGACAUCGCUUAUCUGGCCCAUCUACUCGCUGUUGACUGCAUCCACCAAGCAAGAUGAAGCGCGGAUUCCUGAAGAAUAAGUCUCUGGCUGCCUCGAACAGCUCCGGGUCGUCGGCGCGCUCGUCAUCGUCCGCGGCGCCUGCGAGUGGCGCGCCACCAACUCGCCCCUCCUCGAGACCGAACGCCCCUCCAACCCGCGUUCCCAUCCCUCCCAGUCUAGUGCAGGAAGCUCAAGACAAGGUCUCCCCAGCCAAGAUCGAAAUGCUCCCGAGAGACGCCAACGGCGCCUAUGUCAAUCCACAGCCCGCCAACGGCGUCGACUACAACUCGCACGAUGCCGGCACCGCCUCCGAGCUCCUCAAGAUCGCCGGCAUCGACCCCUCCAUGCUCCAGGGCGGCGCCGCGGACGCCAUCAACAUCCGCAACGUGCGCAUCGUUACCAUCCCCGCGCAGCGCCCCUUCCUCGCCGCCGUCUCCCCGCGCGUCGCGAACAUGAUCGAGAACAGCCCGCGCCUGUGCGCGCGGUACACGACGCCCGACCCCGCUCGGUACCGCAUCGACGAGUCCCGGGUCCACGGGAAGGGCGUGUUCGCCACGGAGGCGAUCGAGCGCGGCGGGCUGGUGCUGCGCGAGCCGCCGAUGGUGGUCACGUCGCAGAUGAUGACGAAUGCUCCCGGCGGUGAGACCAUGAUCCAGCAGGGCGAGAUAUUCGCGGAGAUGGUGUACCAGGCGCUGCCGGAGGAGGACAAAGAAGAGUACAUGUCGUUCGUGAACUGCAAGCCGGCGAAGACGCAUGGGGUGAAGCGGGGGAUCAUGGACACGAACUCGUCGGGGAUUGCUUCUGGUGGGGUCUUCAAGGGACCCUACGGGGCGGUUACGAGGGAUAUAUCCAGGCUGAACCAUAGCUGCGAGCCCAAUGCGUACACGGACUGGGAUGUCGAUACGAUGACCUUUGGGCUGUACGCAGAGCGGCCCAUCAAGAAGGGCGAGGAGAUCUUCAUCGCGUACGUGGAACCCUCCCAUCCCAAGCAGCACCGUCAGUACGCGCUGUGGGGGAUGUACUCGUUCAACUGCCGGUGCACAAAAUGCUCGCGGGAGUGAGCAAAUCAGCUUCGCAGCGACUUGCGUACUCGACGACUGCUGCUUGUUAGCGACCAAGUUUAGGGCUUCUUGUGAUCCUGUAUAGUAGUGUGCCAGUCAUCAUAGAGAUAGUGCAUAGUGUUGUCAAUCUUGAUCAUUUUCAUAAUCCAUAGUACAUCGCACA